AUAGCACACUGAUAGCUUGAUCUGUAAUAGAUACUUGUAGAGCAGUAACGAGGCGGGAAAGUUUUCUUUGCAUUUAUUCUCGUUACAUCUGAUGUUGGAUUACGUUAGAAUAAUAGUAGAAGAUAUCUGUCUAAAUUGUUAUAUCUGAAAAUUUAAGAUGAUGCCAACUCUAAGCUGAGGAUGUAUGAUAUAGUGCCAAGUGUUGGGAAAUGUGUUCUUUUGUGGGCAAUAGUUGUUGCAUUGUCGGAAGGCCUUGGACCAAAUGACUGUUCCUUUGAAGAAGACACUGGAUGUUCAUGGAGUGAAACACAAACAAAUGAUCAGUUUGACUGGGAGUCUAUACAACCAGAGUAUCAAGGAUUAGAUCUCUACUCUCCCCCUCAGGAUCAUACUCUAGGAACUGAAGAUGGAAAUCUCUUGCACAUACCAAUCAGCCAAGUACAUGGGCAAAAUGAUACAGGAUUUCUUACCUCCCCUGUGAUCUCUCCAAGCGAUGCUCUUUAUGGCAACUGUUUGACAUUUUGGUAUUGGCUGUAUGGUCCUUCUGUGGAUGGCAUCCAGGUUUACAGAAUAGUAGGAAACCAAAAAACACUACUUUGGCAGCGUACUAGCACUCAAGGACCUUACUGGAGAAAAGCUCAGAUCGAAACAGUAGAUAUUUCAAACUAUCAACUUCAAAUAGUAGGAUUGCGUGGGCUUACUUAUCUUGGUUCUACUUGUAUUGAUGACAUUCAGUUAGCAACAUAUGUGUGUCCUUCUAACAAUUUUUCAGUAAAUAAUGACUGUGAUUUUGAACAUGGAAUGUGUGGUUUUACACAUAGCACACAGGGUAGUUCAUGGUUUCUGUGGCUGCUUCAAUCUUCAUCUACUGGUACACAAGGUACAGGGCCAACUAAUGACCAUUCUUAUGGAACUCCAAUUGGUCACUAUGUUUAUAUGGAAGCUACAACCAGGGCACCAAGUAGUAAAACCAGCAUCAUUUCUCCAAAUUUAUCUUUGAAUGUAACAAAUGUCUGCUUGAAGUUCUGGUAUAGCAUGUAUGGGGACACUAUGGGUGAGCUCUCUGUGUAUCGUUUGUCUAAUGGAAGUAGGCAGCAAGUGUGGCAUCGUGCUGGUAACCAAGGUUCACAGUGGUUGAUGGCUGAAGUCUCUGUAGCUGGUGCUAUGAACUCUAUCAUAAAACUUGAGUUUGAAGGUGUUGUUGGCUCCUCUGAUCUCAGCGACAUUGCUCUUGAUGAUCUUAGCCUGAGAAUCGGUGGUUGUGAAAAUAAUGAUGCUUGUGACUUUGAGCAAGGAUUUUGUACAUGGGCUAAUACAAAGUACAGUGACAAGUUUGAUUGGCUGAUUGGCUUUGGUGCAACACCGUCUUUUAACACAGGACCAACAGCAGAUCACACAAUAGGAAAUGGCACAGGCCACUAUGCCUUCAUUGAAGCCAGUGCUCCACAAAAAUACAGUGACAGCGCACAUCUAGUGUCACAGAUAUUUGAUGCCUCCCAUGCCAAGUGCUUACAUUUCUAUUACAAUAUGAAUGGUCAGAACAUUGGUACACUAAGUGUCUAUAUGAACACAACUAAUGGCAAAGUGACCAGGUUAUGGACACUUUCAGGGCCACAAGGAACUCAGUGGAAGUCAGCUACAGUUUAUAUAAAUAGCUCUGUUCCAUAUCAGAUAAUAAUUGAAGGCACAGUUGGAUAUGACUAUGAUGGAGAUAUUGCAAUAGAUGAUAUUUCCUUUACAUCUGAUGUGUGUGCUGUUAACCCAUCAUCAGCUGUGCCAAUCUACUCAGCAGUAACCACAACUGUUUCAACUGUUACCACACAGCAACAAUCAACAUCUAUCCCAACUCCAUAUGACUGCAACUUUGAAGUUGAUUAUUGUGGAUGGACUCAAGAUGUAUCUGAUAAUUUUAACUGGACCCGUGCUCAAGGACCCACUGGCUUAAAACUGGCAGGUCCAUUAGUGGAUCAUACAUUAGGGAAUGACCAGGGCUGGUAUAGCUUCAUUGAAGAAUCUAGUGAGUUGAAUGAAAAUGAUACUGCACGUCUAAUUAGUCCAACUAUCAACACUGGCCAGAGGUGUCUUAGAUUUUACUUUACUAUGUUUGGAACUAAUGUCUUUCUGCUAAAUGCCUACAUACGACAAAACAGUCAAAUGACCAGAAUCUUCAGUUCAAUGGGAGAUAAGGGUGAAGCAUGGAUGACUGUUAGUAUACCAAUCAAUCCUUCAGGAGCCUAUCAGCUUGUUUUAGAAGGUGUCAGAGGUCGCUGGGCAGGUGGAGACAUUGCAGUAGAUGAUAUUACUGUACCGAUUGGACCUUGCCCAGAGAAAUCACUUGAAUCUGGAGCUGUAUCGUGCACAUUUGAGAAUCAACCAGUAGAUAACCUCCUAUGUGGAUAUACACAAGAAAGAGACGAUAACUUUGAUUGGUCAUUAAACAGUAAUGGUACUAUAAACCAGAAUACUGGACCUUAUACUGACCAUACCUAUGGUUCCUUCACUGGUCACUACAUUUAUGCAAAGGGGUCUAGUCCACAGAAAGCUAAUGAUACAGCUAGAAUAAGAAGUCCAACGUAUGCUCCUGGUAUGAGUCAGCAACACUGCUUAACAUUCUUCUAUCAAAUGUAUGGAGCUGACAUUGGAACUUUAAAUGUAUAUCAAGUAGCUUCUGGGAAGUCUAUUCUUGGCAAUGUUCCUAUUUGGUCAAAAUCAUAUGACAUGGGCCCUGGCUGGAGAAAAGCAGAAGUGACAUUGAGCUUAUCUGGCAAUUACCAGCUGCUCUUUGAAGGAAUUGUUGGAGAUGGAGAUAGAAGUAGCAUAGCAUUAGAUGACAUCAAGGUCACCAAUGGAUUCUGUCCUAAUUCACGUGCUUGCAGUUUUACCACAGAUACUUGUUUGUGGCGCAGUCUCCAUGGGGGAGGAGAAAAGUUUACCUGGCUUUGGAGUAAAGGUGAAACAGCACCCAUCACUGACCAUACAUCUGGCACUUCUAGUGGAUACUAUAUGUAUAUUGACUAUAAAGACCGACAGUUUGGAGAUCGAGCUAGGCUGGCAAGUCAGAUGUUUCCACCUACACCCAAUCAAGAUAACUGCUUUAGUUUCUGGUACUUCAUCUAUGGUGCUAACAUUGGAGCCUUGAAAGCUAUGGUGGUCUACAAUGCCAGUUAUGAUGUUAUUUCAUCAGAAGCCACUCUCUGGCAACUAAGCAACCAAACCAAUUCUCAGUGGAUGUCUGCACAAGUCAAUAUUAGCAGCUUUUAUACAAAGAAACCAUUCAUGGUUGUUCUAGAAGGAAUCACAGGAAAUGGCCCAGGUGGCAUCAUAGCUGUAGAUGAUACCAAUAUUGAACAAUUCACUUGUCAGACAGUACCUGCUGAAGCACUGCCAGUUUCAGAUGAGCUGAAGGUUGCAGACUGUAAUUUUGAUGUUGGUUACAGUUUUUGUAACUGGGAUGAGUUUAACGACAGAAUUUUGAACUGGUUUGUUACUGAUCCUAAUGGCUCACCAAAUGUUGGACCAGUCUCUGAUCAUACAGGUCAUGGUGGUCGCUACCUAUAUGUGGACCCAUCAGAUAAUCAGGAAGGUGCUGCUGCUAUUCUAUUUUCUCCUGUACUACCACCCACAAAUGGUCUGGCUUGCUUCUCUCUUUGGUACCAUAUGUAUGGUGAAAAUAUUGGACAACUUCAGCUGCUAACUAAUGUUGGAGAUGUUACUUCCGUGUUGUGGCAGAGAGAAGGCAAUCAAGCGGACAAGUGGCUACCUGCAGCAAUUACCAUUGAAAGCAAGACUAAUUACCAGAUAUUUAUCAAAGCUAUCAGAGGCAGUGGCUUUGUGGGGGAUAUUUCAAUUGAUGAUCUAUUACUCACACACAAUGCUUGCCCUCAUAAAGCAUUGUGUGACUUUGAGGUAGACAUGUGUGGAUACAGUCAGGAGACCAAUGAUGACUUUAACUGGAUAAGGACUCAAAAUAUUGCUAUGGCUACAGGAGCUAGUCCCACUACAGAUCACACAAUGAAUAGUCAAGCAGGGUAUUUUGCUUUUAUUGAUUCUUCACCACCAAGAAAGUUUGGUGACAGAGCUAGGAUUGUUUCUCCUGUCUACCCUGGCGGUGGUGCUCAGUGUCUACAAUUCUACUACUACAUGAAUGGCGCUGGCAUGGGAUCCCUGUUUAUCUAUCUACGCAAGACAGGACAUGUAGAUCAAGACAAUCUAAUUUGGACCAUGCAUGCUAGUCGAGGUGACCACUGGGUUAAAGGGCAAGCAACAAUUGAUUAUCCAAACAUCUUUCAAGUUGUGUUUGACGGGACUGUGGGAGAUAACUUUACUAGUAAUAUAGCACUUGAUGACAUACAGCUAUUACCUUCACCUUGUCCUAGUCCUGUUACAUGUGAUUUUGAAAGUGGAUUCUGUACAUUUACAAACAGAAGAGAUGAUGAUUAUGACUGGCUGCUUGUUACCCCAAGUAAUACCACUUUCACAAGUCUUGUGCCUUCUGUAGAUCACACUACAGGAUCAGCCCAAGGAUACUUUGCCAUGGCUGAUAUUCCUGACAGUCCAACUGGUUUUAAACAUUCACUUUUGGUGAGUAGUGAUCUUCAGUCUCCUACCACAGGUCAAUGUUUGAGUUUGGCUUAUUACAUUCAAGGCAAUGGCAGCCUACUUAUUUACCUGGAGAAGUAUGUGCAGAAUGAGACACUCUUAAUACUGUCCAAUGCCAACGGUGUGGAUCAAAGUUUUCAUUGGAAGUUCACUUCAAUGGAUGUUACAAGUGACUCAUCUUUUUAUAUUGCUUUUGAAGCCCAGCGUGAAGCAGCAGGGGAGACUACAAUAGUCCUUGAUGAUGUUGCCCUUGCUGAUGGGCUUUGUUCCCUGCAGACUUCUCCACUUCCUGCAACAAGCCCAACACCUCCAAUGUUACUGGAUGUCCUAACUUGUGACUUUGAAGAAGCCCAACCUUUGUGUAAUUACACACAAAAUGUGGAUGAUGAUUUUGAUUGGUUAAUAAGUGUUGGAAGUACUUCCUCUGAUGGUCCAGAAGCUGAUCAUACCUUGGGGAACACAAAAGGUCACUAUAUCCACAUUGAUGCCUCUGCUAAAAGUAACAAUGCUGCUGCCAGAAUAUCAAGCGCACAGUUCCGCAACACUAACUCACGCUGCUUAAGUUUUUGGUACCACAUGCACGGAGCUGACAUCAACAGACUGAAUGUUUACUUGACCACAUCUACUGGGUUUGGUCCAGCAAUCUGGACCAAACAAGGAGAGCAAGGAUUGAAUUGGUUGAAUGCUUUGGUGGAGCUUGGUGGGGAUGAUGGCUAUCACAAGAUAGUAUUUGAGGGCUUAGCAAGUGGUGGUUCCAGUGGAGACACUGCCCUUGAUGAUAUUACAGUCUAUGAUGGCCCAUGUCCAACUCCGGCUUUCUGUGACUUUGAAGAUGAUGGUGUUUGUAGAUUUGAUCAAGAUAUUUAUGAUGAUUUUGAUUGGUUGAGACACAAUGGUAGCACUAGCACUGGACCUAAUGUUGACCAUACCUAUGGCACCAAAUAUGGUCACUACAUGUACAUUGAAACAUCAAAUCCUCGAGUCCCUGGUGAUGUAGCCCGAAUGCUGACCCCAGUAUACCCUGCAACAGAUGGUCGUUGUCUGAAAUACUGGUAUCACAUGUAUGGAAGUAGUAUGGGAACUCUGGCAGUUUAUCUGAGAGAUGUCCGUGGGAAUGAUCUGCUACUAGAUAAUAAAGUUGGAAACUUUGGAAACCAAUGGCUAUUGGCUCAAGUGGACUUAAUUUCUCUAACACCUUUUCAGGUUGUAUUUGAAGGAACUGUUGGGAGAAAUAAUAGUGGAGACAUUGCUCUUGAUGAUGUGGAGGUUUCCAAAGAAGCAUGUGUACACAUGUAUGGCUGUGACUUUGAAAGAGGACUUUGUUCUUGGAUACAAAAUAAAUCUGAUAACCUGGACUGGAUAAUAAAUCAUGGACCAACUGCUACAAUGGCCACAGGGCCAGCCCAGGAUCACACCAUAUCCUCUUUGGCAGGUCAAUAUAUCUAUCUGGAGUCUAGCCCACCCAGUAAGCCAGGAGACAAAGCUGUAUUAGAUUCACAGAUGAUACCAGUUAAAGCUGACAAUGAUAUGUUUUGUUUCUCUCUCUGGUAUUUCAUGUAUGGAACAAAUAUAGGGUAUUUGAAUGUCACUGUCAAGACCAUUGAUGACGCAUCAGCACAGACCAUCUACUUUCUAUUUGGACCCCAAGGACAAAGCUGGAAACAAGCUCUUAUCAAUAUACCAAAACCUUCAAAUACAUUCCAGAUUUCUGUGAUUGGAUCAGUAGGUUCAGGAUAUCUUAGUGAUAUAGCCUUGGAUGAUUUUCUGCUUAACCCUGGGUCCUGUCAGGAUAAUUCACUAUUGAAGGGCAACUUUAGUUGUGGAGGAGCCAGAAAUCAAACUAUACCUUAUUCUAAAGUCUGUGACUUUGUCAGAGAUUGUACUGACACUGCUGCAGAUGAAGGGGAAUGUGGUGAUUGCAGUUUUCAGUAUGACUGGUGCAGAUACAUAGAUACCAGUGUUGGAGAUCAGAGAUGGAGCAGAGGAUUCAAUGGAUCACUGACUUCUAAUACAGGGCCCACUUAUGACCCAUUCAAUGAUAGCUCAGGCUAUUAUAUCUAUGUGGCCAAAGCCCAAGGUACCAAGUCAGAUAUGGCAGAAAUUCAGACCAACUUUAAUUUUGGCCCUUCCUCUGCUUCAUGUCAGAUGAAAUUCUUUUAUCACAUGUUUGGUAGUGGCAUUGGACGCUUAAUGGUUGUUUUAAGAGAAUCUCAAGAAGAUACCAUUGUUUUUGAAAAAGUUGGAGAUCAGGGAAAUAGAUGGAUCAAAGCCCUGGUAGAUAUAGGAAGAGUGGCUUCACAUUUUAAGGUUGUAUUUCGUGCUACCAGACUAUUUAGUGUCAAUGGAGAUAUUGCUAUUGAUGACAUAACUUUUAUAAACUGUGAAUAUCCAGCACCACAAGCUAGUUGCCCUGCUGGACAGUUUACUUGCCAAAGAAAGGCAUGUAUAGACUACAGCCAUGUUUGUGACUUUUCUGAUGACUGUGGGGAUGGCAGUGAUGAACAGAAUUGUGCUGCUUAUCCACUGCUUACUGAUUUUGAGUACAGCUACGGGGCUUGGAUACAAGAUAAAACAGAUUCUUUUGAUUGGAUUCGACGCCAAGGAGCAACAGGGACUUCAGAUGCCGGACCAACACGUGAUCAUACUAGGGGAACAGUGAGAGGUCACUAUGCCUACUUUGACACUUCAUCCCCUAAAGUUACAGGGCAAAGAGCCAGACUACUAAGUCCCCUAGUAUCUGCUACAUCAAAUAAGAAAAGAUCUACCUCUUCCUGUCAGAUGAGAUUUUUCUAUCACAUGUAUGGAUCAACCAUUGGCCAACUUAACAUUUAUACCCGAACAAAUACUAAUGGACCUUUGAAAACAAUGUUUACAAGAAGCUUGAACCAAGGUGACAGGUGGAUUAGACAAGAUCUACCCCUCGCAGAGACUGCUGAUUUCCAGAUCAUAAUUGAAGCUGUUGUUGGUGUCAGUUAUUUUGGUGGUAUUGCUGUUGAUGACAUUUCAUUGACAGAUGGAUGCAGGCUAAGUGUGAAUAACAUUCUACCUACUGGACUUCCUCCUUCCUCCACUUCACUUUCACCUUGUGGAUCAAACUUCCGAUGUGGUGAUGGCCAAUGCAUUCCACAAAGUUCCGUUUGUAAUUAUGUCUUGGAUUGUAUUGAUGCAUCAGACGAAGUCAAUUGUGGAAACUGUAAUUUUGAAAGCAAUCUAUGUGGCUGGACAGACAACAGUGUUGGUAUAUUUAGAUGGAUGAAUGUCUCAGUUUCAGCUGUGACUGGUCUGUUACCUAACUCAGACACAACAUUCCCUGCUACUAAUCAAGGUCAUUACGUAGCUGUACGUCCAGGUCCUGGAUUGACUGUUACUGGUGCUUUAUUGAUAUCUCCUCAAUUAAAAGCAACUGGACCUGACUGCAGGAUAACUUUCAAUUAUUACAUGAAUGGUGAUGGUUCAGGUAACCUGGCCAUACUACUCCAGAAUUCUAUUUAUACUGCUACUAAUAGAGCCACUACUCUAUGGACUGUCAAUUCUUUGUCAUCCUCAAGCUGGACCACAUACUCUGUAGACAUUGGUCAAGUUCCAAAUGGCUAUCAGGUUCUUAUCCAAAGCACUCCAGUGAAUGGUUAUUCCUAUGCUGUAGCUAUUGAUGACAUAAAAUUUCUUGGAUGUCAACUCAACACAACAUUUAACUUAAAACCCACAGUUCUGGAUUGUACAUUUACUGGUGGAGAUUUCUGUGGCUACUUUGAGUCCAGAACUGAUGAUUUUGACUGGACACUGACUAACCAUGCCACACCAUCUCUAAACACUGGUCCAUCUGGUGACCACACCACAGGUCAUGACUACUACAUUUACAUUGAGUCUUCCUCACCACAAAAGUUUGGAGAUAGAGCUGUCCUGAUUUCUGCACUCAUGGCACCUACAAGUAUCCAUAUGUGCCUGAAGUUUUGGUACCACAUGUUUGGUGCUGAUAUUGACACUCUGAAUGUCUACCUUAUCAAUGGUGCUAACUAUUCUCGAAUCUGGACAAGAUCAGGUUCUCAUGGCAAUGUGUGGAGACAAGGAGAGGCUCCUGUUUUUUCUACUCAAAACUAUCAGAUUUCCUUUGAAGGUACAGUGGGUCAUGGAUAUGGUGGUGACAUUGCAUUAGAUGAUAUUUCUCUAAUAAAUGGAUCAUGUUCACCUCAAGAUAUGUGUGAUUUUGAAAUAGACCUGUGUGAGUAUACACAAAUAGAAUUUAAAGAUGUUUUUGACUGGACAAGAUGGGCUAACAAGACAGCCUCAAAUGGUACUGGACCAGCUACAGAUCAUACCACUAAUAAUGGAUAUGGGAACUACUUGCACAUUGGUCCAUUAGGAAGAACUAGUGGGGAUAAUGCUCAGUUGCUUGGACCUGAGAUUGCAGCUUAUGGUCUCUCUCACUGUGUUUACUUCUGGUUUCACAUGUAUGGUGCAAACAUAGGUACUCUAAAUGUUAUUGCUAGGACACAAUUCAAAGAUGUAACUAUCUGGACUAGAAGUGGUCAGCUAGGGGAUUUCUGGUCUCAAGGAAGAGCUACAAUUGAUGGCAGUCUAGGCACAUUCCAUGUUAUUUUUGAAGGUGUAAUAGGCACAGGUUAUCAAGGUGAUAUAGGUUUAGAUGACAUAAGGCUAGUGGACGGGGCCUGUCCUCACAUUGGUAGUUGUGACUUUGAAUAUGACAUGUGUGGCAUGUAUAACAGUUAUGGUAAUGACAAAUUUGACUGGCUGAGAAAUGCAGGUUCAACCUCCACAUCCAACACAGGACCACCAGCAGAUCACACAACAAACUCUGGCCAAGGCUAUUACAUGUACACUGAAUCCAGCAAUCAGAGGCUUGGUGAUAAAGCUUGGCUGAUCACAGAUAUUAUUCCAGCUACUAGGGCUUCCUGCCUUACAUUCUGGUAUUACAUGUAUGGUUCAGAUGUUGGAACAUUGAGAGUGUAUCUGAGCCAGUCCAACAAUGUAUCUUCUGCUCUCUCUAUUUGGCAACUUACUGGUAAUCAGGGAGCAGAGUGGAAACCAGUACAGUUAGCUUUGUCUAGUCCUGUAGAUUAUCAGAUCAUAUUUGUUGGUGAACAAGGCAGUGGUUACCUAGGAGACAUUGCUAUAGAUGAUUUGUUGAUCAGUGAUGGCCCCUGUGUCAACCUCACGACACCAUCACCAACAGAUGUUACUGGUGCCUCCGCAGUGACUAAUGCUCCAAGCCAGUGGGAUUGUAACUUUGAUGCAAAUAAUAUCUGUUCAUGGCACCAGGAUACAACAGAUAAAUUUGACUGGACAGUCCACAAGGGAAUGACAGACUCUUAUAACACUGGACCCAAUGGAGAUCACACCUCGGGGCAAGGUUAUUAUAUAUAUACUGAAAGUUCUGGUAGACAGACAAAUGAUACUGCAAGAAUUUAUAGCGAUGUUAUUACAUUGCAACCUGCAGGAUUAUGUGUGAGAUUUUGGUAUAAUAUGUAUGGAAGUGAUAGUGGCACUCUAAACCUGUAUGCCAAACAAGAUGGAGAACUUGGACCAGUUUUAUGGAAAAGAGUUGGUGAACAAGGUCAAUCCUGGAAACUUGGUUUUGUGCAUAUUUUAGAAUAUGGUGGACAGAUACAGUUGGUCUUUGAAGGCGUUCUAACUGCUGGUUACAUGGGAGAUAUGGCACUGGAUGAUAUUACUGUUACUGAUGGAUAUUGUAUAGAAUAUGGAGGUCAGUGUGAUUUUGAGUCCUAUGACCUUUGUGGGUACACACAAGAUUCAACGGAUGACUUUGACUGGAUAAGAACUCAGGGUCCCACUCCUGAUAAUAACACCGGACCUACACAAGAUCAUACAUAUGGAACACCGCUAGGUUUUUAUCUGUAUACAAGCUCUGCACCACCACAUAAUAGAGGUGAGAAAGCCAGACUGAUUAGCCCUACCAUGAUGCCUACAAGUGCACAGUGCCUGACCUUCUAUUAUAAUAUGUUUGGUCAAACUAUGGGAACUUUAAACAUUUAUCUCAAAAGUUUGAGUGGAUUGUCCAGUCUUGUGUGGUCGACUAGUGGUCAACUACUAAUUGAUUGGCUUCCAGCACAGGUCACAUUAAGCAAUCCAGUCAACUUUCAGCUUGUGUUUGAAGGUGUCUUAGGAGGCUUGACAAGUGACAUGGCUAUAGAUGAUAUAUCUUUCAAACCUGGACCUUGUAAGCCAGCAGCCACUUGUGACUUUGAAGAUGGUCCAUGCCUUUUUUUUAAUACACCAACUGGAGAUGACUUUGAUUGGGAGGUACAUACAGGAUUUGAUCAUACACUUCAAACACAGAAUGGUCAUGUUAUGAUGUUGGAUGGCACCAAGAAAACAAUGGGACAAAAAGCCAGACUACUUAGCCAAGUUCUACCACCAACUCCAGCCUCUUGCUUUAGCUUCUACUCCAAGUUAAACCAGAUCAAUGGUGGUACAUUAGUAGUCUAUGUGGACACCAAUAUCUCUGGAAGCAGUAACUACCAAAAUCUCUAUACACUGACAGCUCCUCCAAAUCCUGACUGGAGAUUAGCACAAAUUAAUAUCUCAUCCACCAAUCCUUAUAUGAUUUUAAUUGAAGGCAGGAUAGCAGAUCCACUACAGAGCACUAUGUAUAUAGAUGAUGUAACAUUAAAAGAUGGUCAUUGUGUGAAAGCACCUGAGAAUUUUGCUUGUGCAGAUGGAACACACAUACAAACAAACAGAGUGUGUGACUUCCAUCAUGACUGCAACAACAAUACUGAUGAAUCUCAUUGUGGUACUUGCACUUUUGAAUCUGAUUUGUGUGGCUUUGUAGAUCUGAGUAAAGGAUCUUUCGUUUGGAGACAGGCUACUGAUGCUGAUGCCACAGAUGUUGUUGAUAGAAUUGGUGCUGACCACACUACUUCAACCACCAAUGGUCACUUUUUAUAUGUCACUGGACAAAGAGGGUUAACUAACACUGAUGCCACUUUGAUAAGUCCACUGCUUCAACCAACAUUUGGAACUUGCCAAUUCCAAUUUUUUUACAAGAGAUAUGAUGCCAAACUGCAGGUCUAUGUCCAGGUUGGUGCUAGAGAAAACUUGUUGUGGGAAACUACAGAUGUAGUUACUGGACCAAGAUGGGCAAAAGCAUUAGUGAGUAUUGGUCGCUAUAAUACUCCAAUCCAAGUUGUAAUCAAGGCAACCAGAAGCUACUCAUCACCUAGAACAUUGGCAAUAGAUGACACAAGCUUUUUGAACUGUGCCAAACCAACUCCUGGCACAUGUUCCACUCAGUUCAGAUGUUUAAAUCAAGUUUGUAUUGAUCCAAUUUAUAAAUGUGACUUAAAUGAUGACUGUGGUGAUGCUUCAGAUGAAUCUACCAGCUUAUGUUCAUCUGCUAACCAAUGCACAUUUGAAUCUGGGCUGUGCUCAUGGACUCAAGACACACAAGAUGAUCUGAACUGGCAGAUUCAUCAAGGCCCAACCUCAACCCCUAGCACAGGUCCAAGUGUUGACCAUACAACUGGACUUGAUACUGGACAUUUUAUUUACUUAGAAACAUCUUCUCCUAGUAAACAAGGACAGAAAGCAAGACUACUAAGCCCAGUUAUUAGUGCAACGUCACUCUCAAGUGGAUGUCAUUUGUCUUUCUUUUACCAUAUGUAUGGUGAUACAAUGGGCUUCUUCAAUAUUUAUAUCCUUACAGAGAAAGGAGGCUAUCCCACCUUAUUGUUUUCUAGACAGAAUCGUCAACAGAAUUACUGGGCCAGAGAUAUAAUACCUUUGAACAACACUAAAAAUUUCCAGGUUUUGAUUGAAGGAGUUGUGGGAAAAGGCAACACUGGUGAUAUGGCUGUUGAUGAUAUCACUUUGUCUUCUGGAUGUCAUCUGAAUCCUACUGGAACCACCCUGCCCAACCCAAGCUAUGUAGUGACAACUCCAACUACCAUCCGACCAACAUGUCCUUAUUCUUUUGCUUGUGGCAGUUCAGAAUGUGUUCCACUUGUCAAAGUAUGUGACUUUGUAGCUAAUUGUAAAGAUGGAUCAGAUGAAGCUUUAUGUGGUCCUUGCAAUUUUGAAUCAGGUCUCUGUGGUUGGUCUUAUGCAAGCACAGGACAUUUUAAGUGGUCACUUAGCACCCAGACAGUUAUGGGAAAAGUUGGUCCAGCCUUAGACAGUACCAAUUCCUCAUCUGGGCACUACAUGUACAUUCAGCCAGACUUUGGGGUUACUCCAUCUCCAGCUGUUUUAAGGUCUCCUUAUCUUGGUGCCAUAUCCACUGCUUGUGUUAUGAACUUCAACUAUCAUUUACCAAAUACAGCUAAUGGCAACCUCUCAGUAGUUCUAGUCUAUCAAGGAGUUAGGAAUACAAUAUGGACUGCAACACGGGCUUCCACAAACUGGAUGCGAAGCUUCAUUUACAUUGGAAGAUUUGCUGGUCAACUGAUACCUAAAGGAACUCAGAUUGAAAUAGUUUAUCAACCAAGAGGAACUUACUCUCCAACUAUUGAUAUAGCAGCUGUUGACAAUAUAACAUUCGCAAUGUGUAACCCCAAUCAAGUGGUGCCUUCUUUAGCUUGCUCUUUUGAAACUAGAAAUCUGUGUGCAUGGUCCCAAAGUAAUGAUGACCAAUUUGAUUGGACUUUAUUUAAUGGAACCACAGCAACUUAUGGAACAGGUCCACGCGCUGCACAUACUGGAAGAUGGUACAUAUAUGCUGAAGCAUCUUCUCCUCAGAAAGCUAAUGAUACCACUUUGCUAAAGAGUCCAACAUUAUCUCCUACUACUCUCCAAGGCUUCUGUCUGACUUUCUGGUAUCACAUGCAUGGGUCAGACAUGGGCAGCUUAGCACUGCUAGUCAAACAUCCCUUUACAUCAUUUGAUACUCUUUGGUCUAUUAGUGGAACUCAAAGAGAUGACUGGAUUCAACAAAAUGUUUACAUCAAUAUGUCUAGAGAAUAUACACUGUAUUUCAAGGCUACAAUUGGCAAAGGUUUUGAAAGUGAUAUAGCCAUUGAUGACAUCUCAGUAUCUGCAGGACAAUGUCCAGCAUUGGCACAAUGUACUUUUGACUCUGGUUUCUGUGACUUUACCCAAGAAACAAAUGACAAAUUUGAUUGGUCUCUGGGCAGUGGUUCCACAUCAACUUUUGGAACAGGACCUAGUAAAGAUCAUACUUUAGGAUCUUCUCUUGGUAAAUAUGCCUACAUUGAAGCAUCAGGUCAGAUGACAGGUAACAAUGCUAUUUUAAAUAGUGGUACUUACCUUGGCUUCCAGUAUAGUAGAUUAGGGUGUUUGACCUUUUGGUAUCACAUGUAUGGCAAUGGUAUUGGAACACUUAAUGUCUAUAGAAAAGAUCAAGGAAAUAGUUCAACUGUAAACAUAUGGACUUUAUCUGGGCCUCAAGAAAAUAUGUGGAAAAAAGCAACUGUAUCAAUAAGGGCCCAAGGUAAUCCAUAUCAAAUUCAAUUUGAAGGCAUAGUAGGUACAGAUCUAGGUGAUAUUGCCAUAGAUGAUGUAUUGAUUAGACCAGGAAUGUGCCCUCCUAUUGCCUCAUGUACAUUUGAGAGGGAUCUGUGUAGCUAUAUCAAUCUCCAAGGAGACAACUUUGAUUGGAUACAGGACAGUGCUGGAACAGACUCUGCCAAUACUGGACCACAAGUAGAUCACACUACUGGUACAACUCGAGGUCAGUAUAUAUACAUAGAAACUUCAGGCAACUACAAACUGGGAGAUUCAGCCUUACUUCAGAGUGAACCAGUUCCAGCUAGCAACAGCAGCUGUCUAGACUUCUGGUACCACAUGUAUGGGGCUGGUAUAGGUCAACUGAAUGUCUACACCAAACCUUCAUCAGCUCCAUCUCGAACUCUUAUCUGGACACUUAGCAACAAUCAAGGCAACUUGUGGCAGCAUGCUAUUGUUCCUCUGUCUUAUUCCUACAUGUUUGAAAUAAUAUUUGAAGGUACCUAUGGUGGUAAUUACACGGGUGAUAUUGCACUGGAUGAUAUCAGUUACCAUAAUUCUCCUUGCUCUGGAGUGACUGCUUCACCUAUUACUCCUACCCUGCCUUCUUUUGUUACUUAUUCUAAAAGUCCUCUUGACUGUGAUUUUGAAACUUUCUGUGGCUGGACACAAGAUGAUGAUGGUGAUGAUAUAAACUGGAUUUUAAAUACCCUUGUCACAACCAUUAAAGGAAAUGGACCUCGGUCAGAUCAUACAGUAGGUAAUAGCCUCGGUCAUUACAGACACACAGAAGUUCAAGCUAACGCUAAGGCUAGGUUCAUUAGUCCAACAUUUACAAUACCAGCAAAUGGGAGUAUCUGCUUCAGAUUAUUUUAUUACAUGUAUGGUGCAACAAUCAAUCGACUAAGUAUAUAUGUAUCCACUGUAAACCCAAGCACUGAAUUAAUGAUAUGGACUAGAACUGGGACACAGGGACCUGAAUGGAAGCUAGCACAGAUACAUGUCCAAAAUAUGACAGGAUCAGUAUUUUUGAUAGUUGAAGGCCUAACUGGACUUGGUGAUGAGGUCAUAUCAAUAGAUGACUUGAUGAUGAACACAGGUAACUGUCCACCACACCCAGAGUGUGACUUUGAAGAUGGAGUCUGUGGUUACCAACAGAUUCAAACGAAUGACUUCGACUGGACUUUAAAUAGUGCAACCACCAGUACCACCAACACUGGACCACAGACUGACCACACAUUUGGAACUAAUGAAGGCCACUAUGCUUACAUUGAGUCAUCUUCACCUAGACUACAAGGAGACAAGGCCAGAUUACAAACUCAACUCUUUGAUUCAACCAGUGGAUCUUGUCUUUACUUCUGGAUCUCAAUGUUUGGGGAAACUAUGGGCACUCUCAAUGUCUAUCAACAAGAUGAAGGUGUGCCAGAUAGUGCUGCUACUUUAAUUUGGACAAAAUCUGGACAACAAGGUCCUAACUGGCAAUUAGGACAAGUAACUCUGGCCAAUCCCAGAAGAUUUUAUAUUAUAUUUGAGGGAGUAGUUGGCAAUGGUAUCUAUAGUGAUUUGGCCAUUGAUGACAUAAGUAUGAAAUCAGGUCUGUGUCCAGGUAUUGGAAACUGUGAUUUUGAAGGUGAUAUUUGCUCUUGGAUUAAUACACAAACAGGGGAUGUUUUUGAUUGGAUGAGGGCUAGAGGAUCAAGAAAUUAUGGCACUGUAGGCCCUCGUGUAGAUCACACACUGAGAACUGAGUUUGGUGGUUAUCUGGUUAUGGACAGUAAUGCACCUAGAAAGCAAGGAGACACCGCCUUAUUGUACUCCCCUGUUUUACAGAAUGGUACAAGUUACUGUUUGAAUUUCUGGUACAUGAUGAAUAACAAUGGGGAUGGUACUUUGAAUGUUAAUAUCAAAUCCUAUCCCCAAGAACAAAGAAGAAAUAUUUAUCAUUUACAAGGUAAUCAAGGCGCUGAUUGGAAAUCUUUGAGAAUAACUAUUGCCAAUGUCAGCACCAUCUUUGUCAUAGAGUUUGAAGGUAUUUUAGGACAAGUUGGUUAUAGUGACAUUGCUAUUGAUGACAUUGCCUUACAGUAUGCCUCUUGUGAGUCUCUGCCUCAACCACAACAGGCUGAUAAUGCUUUUCAAUGUACUAAAGAUAAUAAAUGGUUGUCAUUGAAUAAAGUGUGUGACUUUAAACCAGAUUGCAGUGAUGGAGAAGAAGAGUUGCAGUGUGGCUAUAAUUGUAAUUUUGACAACACUACCUGCAAUUGGAACAACACUAUGGGCAGUACAUAUAUUUGGACUAAAAAUCAAGGAGCCACACCAACUGCCAACACAGGACCAUCAGUAGAUCAUACACUAGGAACAAUUAAUGGUUCUUACAUGUAUGUAAGUGCUGGCAAUGGUUACUCUUAUGCUACUGCUUCAUUUCAAAGUCCAGUUCUUCAAAGAGCAGCCCCAACAUGUGAACUAGUCUUUUACUUCCACAUGUGGGGCACAUCUAUUGGAACACUAUCUGUUCAGAGAAUAUCUGGUCUACAAACUUCUACAGUUUUCACAACUUCAAGAGACUAUGGAAACAAUUGGCAACAGAGUGUUGUACCCUUGGGUAAAUCUGAAACACCAUUUACAGUAGCUAUAUUAGCUCAACGCAGUUACAGCACUAGAGGGGAUAUAGCCAUAGAUGACAUCACAUUUAGAAACUGUGCUUUCCCAACCCCCAUUUCAAGCUGCACUGGAAAAAAUACAUUUAAAUGUAAUAAUUCAGCUUGUAUUGAUCCUGUUCUAUUGUGUAAUUUGGAAGACAACUGUGGAGAUAAUUCAGAUGAAGAUCCAGCUUUAUGUAAAGCUUAUGACAAGUGUACUUUUGAAAUAGACCUUUGCGAUUGGUCACAAGAACUUUUUGAUGACAACUUUGAUUGGACAAGAAGAAACAUGGGAACAAUGUCUACAUUAUCUGGACCUCAAGCUGACCACACAACAUCUUUAAAGUCUGGAUACUUUUUAUACAUUGAAACAUCAUCUCCAAGACUUCCAGGAGACAAAGCCUGGCUGCUAAGUCCAAUAUUAAAACCUACAACAACAUGUCAGUUGUCUCUUUAUGUGUUCAUGUAUGGUAAAGACAUUGACACAUUCUCAGUAUAUACCAGAACAGCAACAAAUGGCCCACUUACUGUUCAGAAAACAUUAAAAGGGGAGGCUGGUAAUUUCUGGCAACAGUGGAUUGUCCCAAUCUCAAGUAAUGCUACCUUCCAAAUUGUUCUUGAAGCUAUCAGAGGCUAUGGUAAUCUCGGGGAUAUAGCCAUUGAUGAUGUGGUGCUUCUACCAGGAUGUGUUGCGAGUACAGAUAACUUACCAGUGGUGGAUCUUGUUACAACAACUACAGCACCAAAUCCUUGUGGUGAUUCGAAUAUGUGGCAAUGUAAAGACAAGAAGCAAUGCAUUUACAGUAUUAAUGUUUGUGACUUUGCCUAUGAUUGCAAUGAUCAGUCAGAUGAGCAAGACUGUGGAGCCUGUACAUUUGAAACAUCUACAUGUGGCUGGCAUGACAUGAGUAGAAGCAGUUACAUAUGGGACAGGGUCAACACUUCGUCAAGGGUUGUUGUGGCUAAACCAGCAAAUGACCAUACUCUAGGCAUUCAGGGCAUAGGCUGGUAUAUGGUGAUACAUCCUACAGACAUUGGUUAUGCCAGAAUGUCCAUACUUGAAUCUCCAUUGUAUGGAGCUACAGAAGCCAACUGUGAGAUACAGUUUUAUUAUUUCAAUGAUGGUAGUGGUAGAGUUUACCUUUACUUGUAUCCAGAUGAAGUAACUGAAUAUGAUGCUGCUGAUCAAGGUAUUCGACUUUGGACGGGCUACUCCAUGAAUAGUUGGCAAAUGGGCAAAGUCAGUAUUGGUUAUAGAGCCCCAGGCUUCAGGUUGAUAUUUAGAUAUGAGUAUGUGUCUCCCUUAAAGACAAAUGGCAUGGCUUUAGAUGACAUUACUUUUUCAAAAGGAUGUCAGCGUGGAACUCCUUCUAGCAGUUGUCCUGCUAUGGAUUUCCUUUGUCCCUCAAGCAAUGAAUGUAAACCAUAUGAUGAUGUUUGUGAUAUUGCACAUGAUUGUCAAAAUGGUGAUGAUGAAGAUGAUCUUUUAUGUAAGAAUUAUUAUAUGUGUAAUUUUGAAAGCGGUACAUGUGGAUUUGUGCAGGAUGACACUGAUAAUUUUGACUGGACUUUAAAUCAAGGCAGGACAUCUACUUCAAACACUGGACCAGAUAAUGACCACACCUUUGGAACAGCACUAGGUCAUUACAUGUAUAUUGAAUCUUCCAGUCCUAGACUUCCCAAUGAUACAGCAAGACUGAAGAGCCCUGUAUUCUUACCCAAUCCACAGGGCAAUUGUUACAUGAGAAUGUUUUACCACAUGCGAGGUCAACAUAUCAAUGCACUGAAUGUCUAUACAGAAACUAGAGAAGGUGGACCUUUAACACUUAAGUGGAGCAAGCAAGGGCCUCAGGGUGCUUUAUGGCUUAAGGCUAUCAUCAAACUAGAUGAUGUUCAAACCUUCAGAGUUGUAAUUGAAGGAGUUAGAGGAGUAAGUUUCGAUGGAGAUAUCGCAAUAGAUGACAUCACAUUUACUUCUGACUGUGUCAAGCUGGACACAGUGACCAUUCCUCCAGUCAGGCCAACAGUGAACCCGGGCAUAUGUAAGGCUGGUCUAGAAUUUCAGUGUGAUGGUCAGUGUAAGUCACUAUCUCUUCUUUGUAACUUCCAUCAAGACUGCACUGAUAAUACAGAUGAAGUGAAUUGUCCAGCAGUUUGUGACUUUGAAACUAACAUGUGUGGCUGGGGAGCUUCUGGUUCAGUUGGAACAUGGACUAUUAAACAGGCUUCAACCUAUCCAGGUCAAGUGGACAUAGCACCAGGCAACAGCAAUGGUCAUUUCUUAACAUCAACUGACCGCUUAGGUGUUUUACUGUCUCCUUUCUUCUCAGGAGCUGGUGAGCUGUGUUCAUUUUCUUUUUCCUUCAAGACCAACCACUACCCUACAACUCUAUCACUGAGCAUUAGAGCUGGAGGCUUUGACAACCAGCUAUGGGGCUACAGUACAUAUGGCACAACCUUUUCAAAUUAUAAUUUAAAUAGCUGGCAGAAUGUUUCCGUCCAACUCCCAAUAUGUUCAUCUGACUUUCAGAUGGUCAUUGCAGAGACUUUUUCAAGCUCUUAUGGAAGUACAAUAUUAUUCUUAGACAAUUUAGCCUUUGGAGAUUGUGAAACACCUGUCCUAAGCAUGUGUGAACCUGGAGAGUUUCGAUGCACUAGUGGUCAAUGUAUACCAAAGGACCAAAUUUGUGACUUAGAAACAGAUUGCUGUGAUAGCUCUGAUGAAGACAGCAUCAAGUGUUACUAUUAUAGCAAAAAUACCUUUGAAGGUGGACUUGGGGAUUGGAAGAUGACCACAGACAGUCAGGGCUGGACAAUCCAGCAAGGCUAUGCAAUGACUGGUUCUUACCCAUCAAUGCCUCGCCCAUUCCAAGAUCAUACAACAAAGUCCCAAUAUGGUCAUUAUUUGUACACAGGAUACGACUAUACCAUGUCUAAUGCUAAAGCUGGUAUUUCUUAUAUCUUGCCAGCUUCUAAUGGUGAAUGUGAUAUUAGCUUCUGGUAUUAUAUAUCUUAUCUUGAUGCAGGAAAUAUAACUGUACUAAAGGAUACAGCAGCACAAGGUCUGAGUUUAGUUGCUACAAUCCUUCCACCAUAUACUGAUUAUUGGAUCAAAGCUUCAUUGCAAAUUAAAGGAACAGAUCCUUUCCAAUUUAUUAUUAAAGCCAAUCAUGGUGUCAAUCCAAAAGGAUAUUUUGCCAUUGAUGAUGUAGUCUUCAGUCCUGGCUGUAAUGUCCCUGUUAUUGCUACGCCUCCACCACCAUUGACCACUUUAACUACACCAACUACAUCUCCUCGUAGUACAUUCAAACCUUGUGGUCCCAAUGAAUUCAGAUGUGCUACAAGUAACAUUUGUAUAGCCCAGAGUAAAGUGUGUGACUUCCAGGUGGAUUGCCUGGAUCAAAGUGAUGAGAACAAAUGUUCCACUCUGGGUUGUGAUUUCCAAACUGAUCUUUGUUCAUGGUACGAAGUCAAACCAGAUACAUUAGACUGGCAACAAGGAUCUUCAAAGAGUAAUCCCCCUGCUAAAGGUCCUACUUAUGAUGGUACACAACUCAAUGGAGGUGGUUAUGCUUAUCUUAAUGAUACAAAUAAUGGACAAACAAGAGGACAGACUGGAGCUUUAAGUUCUCAAAUAUUCAGCUCAUCAGGAGCAGGUUGCUCACUACAGUUUAGCUACUAUUUAUCAGGAUCCAAUGCUGGUAGCUUGUGUCUCAUACUAAACACUACAAAUCAACCUUUGGCAGCUCUGUGGCAGACAUCUCACAGUUUGGGUCAGUGGACAUCAAUCAUUGUCGGUAUUGGCCGCAGAACAUCACCCUUCUCUUUAACCUUUACACGUGCACCCUCUGAUUCAUUCUCUGGUCAAAUGGCUAUUGAUCAGUUUGAGUUUAUCCACUGUAGUCUACCAUUACCCCAAUCCUCUUGUGCUCAGCAUCAGUUUAGAUGUUCCAAUCGAGCCUGCAUUGAUGACUCUUAUCUUUGUGAUCAAGAAGAUGAUUGUGGAGAUAAUUCUGAUGAGACCUCUUGCUCUCACUUCUUUACCACUGACUUUGAAAACUCACUUGGAAACUUUGUACAACUCUCUGAAGACCAAUUACACUGGCAGAGUUGGGAUAGCUCACAGAUACCACCAGAAACUUUACCUGGUGUUGACCAUUCAACAGGAUUAUCAACUGGCCAUUACAUGUUUGUCAAAGGUAGCAGUAACACUAAAGGAACUGAUGCUGGAACAUUGCUUUCCAAGACAUUAGCACCAACCAAUGAUACAUUCUGUAAGAUUCGCUUCUAUGCAGUAAUUCCACAAGGCACUCAAAUCAAAGUCAGUUUUAGGACACACAGUGAUGGACUACCAGAUGGAAGUCUAAAUAUGAAAGAUCCAUAUCCUGGGACUUACUGGCAGCAUAUGGUAGCCAGCAUCACUUCAGAUAAACCAUUCCAGUUAAUGUUUCAAGGAAUGCCUGGUAGUCCCAGUGGAGCUCUGGCUAUUGAUGAUGUGGUCUUUGAUUCAGGCUGCAAAUUCAUUGAUGCACCAUUGCCUAAGUGGCCAACAAAACCUCCCUUGUGUAAUGCCUCCAUUCAGUACCAAUGUAUGUCUGAUCAAAAGUGUAUAGAUAUAUCUCACAAGUGCGAUGGUACCAUAGACUGUUCUGAUUCUAGUGAUGAAAAACAAUGUCCUUGCACUAUUCAUUGUGAGAAUGGUGGUAGUUGUUUAAUAGACUCUACAGGACUCAGGCAUUGUCAAUGUGUACACAAUUUCCAUGGAGAUUUUUGUCAGCUAUCAUCAAGUGUGACUGAACAAACUACUGCAUCAUCAACUACUUCAGUAACUAAACCUUCUGCUUCUUCAGUUGGAGCUAGUUCAACACCUGUCCAUGGUGUGACAGCCAAAUCAACUCAUACCAAUGACUCUUGGAAACAAACAGUUGGUAUUGUACUUGGAGUUAUAGCUGCUGUGAUCUUGAUUGUUCUACUUUUAGUGUUUCUCAAAAAAACAAAUAGACUGAGCAGUAUACCAUUUAGAAGGUUUUUUAGGUUUGGACAAUCAUCUGAACAUUCAGAGGUAGAAGGUUUUAGUAACUCUGUUUAUGAUGAUGCAGGUGGUGACAUGAUGACAGGCUUAAAAGACUUGUAAAGUGACUUCUUUCUGUGGAAAUGAAACUGAAUUUUGUUGGGUGUCAUUUAAUGUAAUUUAAAUUAAUCAUCAAAUACGCUAUUUUGGUUUCACUAUUUUCAAACCAUACUAAAUGUUUAAGUCAGUAAGAGAGGUCGUAGCUUAAAAGUUUGUCACUAACAAUAGAUAACUAUAAAACCUUCUAUUUUCAUAAGCAUUUUACUGGCACAAUGGUUAGUGUAUUGGCUUGACAGGCUUUAAGCCCUCGAGUUGGAAUUUAAUUAGAUCUUGUCUUAUAUAUUGAUUAUUUUAGCUUUCCCUCUCAACUUUAGAUAAUGCCUGACAAAACCACAACAUUAAGCUAGAAAUAGAAAUCUUGUUAACAGUUAUAAUUUAUCUGUUUCAAAAGAGAGUUGAACACAACUGUCACAUUUUUACAAGAACCUGAAUUCUUUUUUUUUUUUUUGACAAUGUACUUUUACACAUUUUGUUCAAUUGGUGUAAAAUAAAUUUGUUUGUGACUACAUUAUGUAACUAAUUGUAUACUCAUUGAAGGAAUCUGUACAUAUACUGAAUUUGUAAUAAAAAUGUUUACAUCUCCAAUAA